AUGGCGCCACUUGGAGCGGCAGCGGCAGCGUGUUCAUGCUGGGUCUCAGCUUCUGUCGACGCGUCCGCACGCUCCUCCCGCUCCGCACCGCUCGGCCACGACCGGCCACACGGCCUCUCGAGGCGCGACAACGACCGCCUGCACGACUCACGACCACCAUCGACCGACCCACCGCACCGCCCGCCUCUUCCUGGCCAGCAGACCAACGCGGCCUCUCCUCCCUCGCCUCGUCACGCCCUCACGACCGCCCACGCCCUUCUCACGACCUUGACGGCCCCGCCACUUCCUCGCACGCCCUUUCCUCCGCCUCACGACCACGAGCACGACCACGACAUGUACACGCACCGCACGACUCAUGCCCCUCUCGGCUCGGUCCGCCGCCCCGGUCCCCCCUUCUCCUCCCUCCGGGAGCGUCCACUUUCGAUCGCCUCAACCCUGUCCGCCGUCUCGGUCGUGUCCGAGGCGUCGACAUCGUCCGUGCUCGCCAACACGGGCGAGCGACGCCGCCGGUCGGCCGUCCUCCUCGAGCUCGACGUCGACGACGCGACGCGCUCGUCCUUGCGCCGGGCCGAGCAGGCCUUGCGUGCGAGCGAGCGGGACCGUCAGUGGGACGUGCGGCGGUCGAGCUGGCGGGAGCGGCAAGGCCGCAGCCUGCACUUCCAGGAGGACCUGCCCGGCGCCGGCGAGGUCGAGGAGCUCGAGGGGCCCCCCGAGGUCGAGGCGACGACGACGGCGGUGCCGACGGCCAAGCUCGGUCGCUUCAGCCCUCAACGGCUCCUGUACAAGACGCGCUCGGUCCCGAGCAGCAUCGCCCUGAGCGCCGAGGACAACAUGCGGCCGGCCUCGCCCGCCAUCUCGGGCCCCAAGCGCAAGUCCCCCUCGCCGUCAAAGGUCGCCGCGCCGCGUCGCUCGGCGUCGACGGCCAACCUCCUCUCGACCGGGCCGACCGCGGUGCGCCACAGCCUCAGCCCGACCCGGCCCACCUCACCGCCCCAACACGAGCACUUCGGCACGCUGCCGCUCCGCCUGUCGCACCUCCCGCCGCCGCAACACGAGCUCCCGUCCAAGUUCUCGGCAUCGUCGGGCGACUCGAUGGUCCACGUCGUCUCGUUCGGCGCAGGCGCCGACAAGCCUCGUCGCGGGCUCAAGGACCGCGCGCGCACGUUCAGCCAGGCGUCGGCCGGCGGGCUCAAGUCGCUCAAGAGCAAGGUCGGCCGCUCCCGCAGCAUGCGCGGCAAGUCGAACCGGUUGAGCCUCGCCAACCUGUUCGUCGGCCUCGGCGGCUCGAGCGACGAGAGCGACGCCGACCAGGCCAAGCAGCCCGCCGACUCGUCGGCCAAGCCGCCAUCCGCCGCGACCAGCAGCGGGACGAGCGGGCACCGGCCGUCGACGAGCAUCAGCUCGUACGCGCCCUCGACGGCCGCGGCGACGAGCGACUCGGGCCGGCCGUCGCGCAAGCCGUCGCGCCUCGGUUUCUUCCGCUCGACGCUCAAGCGCGACUCGUCGAGCAGCAAGCGCAACUCGAUCCGCACCCGCUCGUCCGGCCAGGUCUCGCCGUCCCUCAUCUCGCGCCCGGUCUCGCUCUCCGCGGGCGAGAGCUUCUCGCCGCCGUCGAACGACAAGCGCUCGUCCGAGGCCACGGCCCCGUCGGUCGAGGUCCACAGCGGCGACGACAAGACGAAAGGCGGGUGGGCCAGUCGGCUCAGCCAGGCGGUCAAGGGCAAGAACGUCGCCGCCAAGCGGGCCCUGUUCGAGAACCCCGUGGUCGGCCGGCACGCCCACAAGAUCACGGCCUCGACUGCUGCGUCGCCCGACUUGACGGCCCGUGCGCGGUCUCGCGACCCGCUCUCGAGCGUCUUCCCGCAUGUCGCCGCUCCUGUGCGCCCUCCCCGGCCGUCCAAGAACCUCGAAUCGUCGGACGACACGACGUUCUACGGUCACCGCAUCCCGGCCGUCAAGUCGCGCGCUGCCGCACUCGACGCCCUUGUCAUCCAGUCAAGCGCACCCCGUGUUCGGCCCAAGUCGAGCCUACCUGUCGCCGCCAAGUCGAGGGCCUUGCCGCCGCCGCCGAUGCCGUCGUUCCUGUCGGGCUCUGUGUUCCCUCGAGGCGCCGCCGUCAAGGCCAACUCGUACCCGUCGAACGUGCGCCUCCCGCCAGCGCCCGUCUCCCCGGACCCCUCGACCUCGGCUCGCCGUCACUCGCCAGACUCGUUCGACCUCACCGACUCGAGCCUGUCACCGGCCGACCUCACCUCGGCGUCGUACCUGUCGUCGUCGGACGAGGACCGCUGCGCGAGCCCGGCGCGCUCGUUCCGCUCGCCGAGCCCAGCGCGGUUCCGCGACUUGCUCCCGUCGGCCCCGGCCGGGUCCUCGCCGGAGAAAAACGAGCGCGGCCUGCCGAUGCCGCAGGAGGCGAGCCCGACGAGCGCGCGGCGCCAGGCCAGCCCCAAGAAGCGCGCGAUGGGUCCCGAGCAGGUCAUCCUGAUGGAGGACGCCAAGCAGCAGCAAGGUCCGUUCACCGAGGUUUGCGGCGCGACGACCGACCUUGCCGACCUCCUGUCGGGCCUCGAGGACACGGAGGACUUCAACACGUCGCGCCAAGUCGGUGCGCCGAGCGCGACACGCUCGCACAUCCAGUACGACGUCUCGGACCUGUCGGCGUCGCUGCGAGGUCAACUGCCGCACGUCGACUCGAUCGAGUCGCUCCGUUCGAGCAUCAGCGACGUCCCUGUCGACCUCAAGCAGCUCAUCAACGCCGUCGACGACCACAUCUCGGAGGUCGACGUCCCGUACGUCGUCGUCGAGGGCUUCAGCAUGACUGGGCGAGCCUUUGCCGACGAGGACUCGGACUCGUCCUGCUCGUCGUCGUCGUCGUCCUCGAGCGACGGCAGCAGCGACGACGACCGCACGCAGAACGAGGACGAGGGCACGCGCAGCCUUGCGACCUACGCGAACCACCACGAUCGCCCGUUCCUGUCGGUCGUCGGCGAGCACACGACGGGUUUGCUCGGCAGCGACGGCGGCCUCACGACCUGCUACGACCUCACGGCCUCGUCGUUCGAGGGCCACUUCUCGACAGCUGCUGCCGCACUGCGGAGCAUGCUCGCCGGGCCCGAGCCAGGCGUGUCGUCGCCGCCCGAGUCGGCAACGCUCCGAGCGUUCCCGCCGCCGGCAUCGGCGACGCUCCAGGCGUUCCAGCUUGCCGAGAUCGACGAGGAGCCAAGAUCGUCUUCUCGCGACAGCCUGCGCGAGGCCCUCGAACUUGGUCGUCCGUCGAACGGCGAGCGCAUGUUCUACGAGGUCGACGACGCCGUCCCGCUCUCUGCGCUCCUGCAAGACCCGUCGCCGACCAACUCGCCCGAGAUGUCGCUCAUGCAGGCGCGCGAGACCGCCUUCCUUCGCCACCACCUGCGCAGCGCCAGCGCCAUCUCGUCGUCCGAGGGCACGGGCGAGAGCUUCUUCUCGACGAUGGGCUCGCCGACGCCGCUCCCGUCGACCGGACGUCCUCUGCGCCAGAGCCUCGCCCGUUACUCGCAGGACCGCUUCCCGGUCAAGCGCCCCAGCCACCGCGCCCGGCCUGUCUCGGAGCAGUCGAGCAUGUCGUCGUCCGACCAGGGCCACAACUCGAGCGAGCAGACGACGUCGUCGAUCGCGGCGCCGAGCACGAGGUCGACCAACCUGUCGGUCUCGUCCCUCACGAGCUCGCCCUGUCCAGCACCGAGUCGGCGGCACAUCCCGAUGCUCACGAGCAACGCGCUACCGCUGCCGUCGCAGCCGGCGUUCCGCUUCCCGCCGCCCAAGGGAGCGGCGGUGGCGGAGCAGACGCGCGAGUGGGUCGCGUCCGAGGGCGGCGAGGUCGGUCGCCACGCACCUGGGUCAGGGUCGAACUCGCCGCGCUACGUCCGCUCGCUCGAGCGCUCGAGCCCCGGCGAUCCUCCUCCUCGACCUCGACUUCUCGACCUCGACACCGACCUCGUAUCGCCCGACACGCCGCCACCGUCGUCACCGUCGGAUGGCGAGCUUCACGUUGUCGACCUCGGCAAGUCGUCGCGCUCGUCGUCCGAGGUCGCGCACGCGCCGCUCGCGACCGUCGAGCGCAAGAUGCGGCACGGCCGCCAGACGUCGCGCUCGUCGAGCAUCAUGCAGUCCGUCAUCGUCGAGGAGGCCGAGAGCCCUGCGUCGCCGGCUCGACCGGUCAGCCUCGAGCUCCGGGCGUACCUCCAGCCGCUCUCGCCCAUCCAGGAGCCGCCGUCGCCUCAGACGGUGCCGCACGGUCCGCUCGACGACUCGCCAAGUGUGCGCAUCGAGCUCGCCGAGGUCGACUACUUCUCGAACGCGCACAUCGUCGACCUCGAGCCGCACGACGACCUCGACUUUACGGCCGAGACGAACCGGGAGCUCACGAGCCGGUACUUCUCGUUCACGUACGAGGCCGAGACGGAGCUCAAGCGCUCGCCGGCGAUAUGGCCCGACACCGAUUACUCGCGCGAGGUCAUUGCUCACUGGCUCGUCCCGCGCACCUACCACGCCAUCCUCGAGUUCAUCUUCUACUCGCAGACCCGCUUCCCGUCGCCGCCGCACCUCGUCCGCCUCAGCUCGUGGGUCCCGCUCGCCUUCGACGACCCGCCGACGCCGCCCUCGCCGGUCCGCAUUCCGCCGCCGAUCGUCGACUCGCCGCCUGACGCUGUCGACGUCGUCCUGACGACCCGAGCUGCUCCUGUGCGCCGCAAGCCCCUCGCGGCCAAGCCGCUCAACCGGCAGGUCGCCGAGCUGUCGAGGUCAACCUCGUCGCCGUCCAAGAAGCCCAAGGAGGACCUGUCGCCGUUCACGGCGCUACCGCCGCGCCUCAGUUCCAAGCUGCGAAGCUUGCGCGGCGGCCAGACGGCGCCGACCGAAAACGCCAAGAAGGUCGACACGGGCUUCCUCGGCGACAACGCGACGAGGCGGCGCCAGGGCCAGUUCAACGCGGCAAUGCGCAAGCUCGAAGGCGUCGGCGCCCCGGCGGAGCAGCGCAGCGACGAGGAGACGGACGACACGGGCGUGCUCGAGGCCAAGGGCGAGGCGACCGAGGAGCUCUCUUUCACCAAGACCCCUCGCUUGUCGACCGUGCGACCCAAGGUUCGCCACAAGGCUGGCCUCGCGAGCAUGCGGUGACCUCUCGCCCGCUCGUCGACGGUUGCCCGUUCACGUUGUCCCCUUUCUAGUCUGCGAGCCUGAGUAACGAGUAUCUGUGUCCGCUUUCUCC